AUGACAGCUGAAAACGAAAGGGAAAUAUAUCAUAAAUUAGAAGCAAUGAAAGAAAUUAGGAACAAGACGAUCACCCUGGAGCGACUGAAGCGCAGCAUCUUGAAUGAAGUGCGCAGUGGGGACCAAGAAGGGCGAUGUCUAGCGCAGUACAAGCGUGAAAUGGAAUUGCUGCAGCAAGAAAAAAUGAGCCAUGUCGAGGAGUUGCGGCAGAUACACGCCGACAUUAAUGCUAUGGAAACAGUUAUAAAACAGACAGAGGAAAGCAUGUCCCGAAAGUUAACUAAUGCAUCACGGCUGCAUGAGGACUAUAGGCCACUAAAGGCAGAGGUUGAUCUGCUGCGUCGUCAGUGCCUUGGUCUAGAUCGUUUACCGGAUCUACAUGAAGAAGAGGGGAGUCCAAUAACACCUGACCGCUUCCCUGCCGCACCAGCUCGAGCACCGCCAUUUGUGGCACCAGCUCCGCGCAAGCCACCGCCGCCGCCGCCCGCCUUCAGGUCUGCUCUCGAACAAGAUUUCCUUACCGUCUCGUUGAGGCAGCAGCCGCCGCCGAUGAAGUCGUGUCUCUCUUGCCACCAGCAGAUCCAUCGCAACGCCCCCAUUUGCCCACUCUGCAAGGCCAAGAGUCGAUCACGCAACCCCAAAAAGCCUAAGAAGAAAUAG